AUGGCAACUAAGUCACAUUGUUCUCCACAGGAUUCGUCCGAUCCAGGAUAUCAGAACUGGUUGGUGGGCCGGAAGCAAACUCCCCACCAAUAUGGUACUUCAUUAGAACCUCGUAUUCAGAUCCCACCUGGACUUAAUAUGUCGAGUCGUCGUGGGCCGGAGGUGGAACUCUAUGAUGUGGCCGGUGCUCAUCUGCUAGCCCCAAUACAGGACUCCUCAGACGUUGCUGUUGAGUCUAAUUCUGUUGCCGAUAGUCGUUAUUCCCGUGGACUGUGGUUUAGUUCUUGUUGGCCCACACCCAGUCAGGCAGGACGAACAACACGCUCUAGUUUCUGCAACACACCGGUCGUCCUAACCAACAAGAGCACAACUGUCCCAUCGCCCGUACCGUAUACACUGGGACGUCUUCCAACAAAAGCCGCACACGGUAAUGGCAAUUGUAAUGGUAUUCGAACUUCCUUGUGUCUAGCGGCUAACUUCAACCCGCUCAAGCGGUUUUCUGGAGUACGGUCUACCACCAGGAAAGACGAGGACUCUCCAACUGAGUGUUCACCACCAGUACUAUGUGGUAUCCCCAUUGCGGGCUGCGCUCGUGUUCCGCGUGCUGAGGGGCAUCGCCUAACUAGCGAUCAGAAUAAAUACUACAAAUACGGAUUUGUUCUUGUGUACCGCAGGUCCGAGAUUUCAACAUUCCUCCUGCUGCAGUUACUUAUUUCCAUUGCUCAGAGCAUUUUUGUUGUAACCAAUGCCACCUACAAUACAACAGACAGUCCUCUUCGAUCGCAUUCUACUGGAGGUUUUCUACAUCUGCACCUAUCCCAUUCCGAUUGGGGACGUCUGGUUCUUUUAUUAUGCUCGUCUGUGCUUUCACUUACCGGGCUGUUAAGUGCUAACUGGGAUUGGAUCGCAACUCGAUCGACGGACGACCAAGAUGCGGGACAAAAGGACACUCCUAGAGCAGGGGACAGAAAUGUCGCCAAUCUGUUGAUCGUUCAACUGUUUCGUCGCCGGUUACGCUGUGCACAUGUUUUCGCUUAUCUUGCUUGCAUGUUAUUGGGUGUUGCGAUGCUCCCGUGGCUGCAACUUUUUCGGCUGAUGCAAGUGCUUCCUACCUCACAUCGUCCUGGAAUACCUGCUGUCUUUUCUUUGGACAAUUGUAGUGACGCGUUCAAAACAAAUAUCUCCAGCAUCGUUUUCGGUCCUGUUUCGACUCCCAGGACCUUGCAUUUCCCAAACUGGCUUCUGCAACAUUAUGCUAUAGCAGAUCCUAAUGACAACUUGUGGGUUAUAAUAUGGAUCAUCGUUGCCCUACAAGGUCUGUUCGAUCGCGAUGGUUUGUGGUCCAGAUACUGGCGUUACGCACUGACGGUCCUCUUGUCUAUCGGGCACUUUGUCCUCACCAGCGUUUUUGGUGUCCUUCUGAUUGGUCAUGACUCGGGUCUGUCGUCAUCUACAAACAUCAGUCAACCUUGUUCUUUAUGGACUCGGGCAGCUUAUCUCGUCACGGGAACCCGCUGGUGGGACGAACUAAAUGGCAUUCUGUUUCGGACGAACGCGUCCGUGCUGAUCGCCUUGAUUGCAGCCCACUUUAUCGGUCGUCUCGUGGCCACCAUGACCUCUGCUCAGCGAUACCACCUGUUUCUGACAGCCGGAUGUACGCAAGCAAAGCUACACCGCCUGGAUCUGACUGAAAAUAAACUAGGGCAGCUAACGAGAAGUCUUGUGCCAGUUCCAUUGGCAGAUGAGCUUGGUCGUGAUUUUGUCGCCGGCUAUUUGGGAUGGAGUUCCCCUUUGGUAAUUUAUCUUCGCAAUGUUAGUUUUUUGAGCGCGGAACUUGUCGGUCUGUCUUCGCUCGCCUCGGUCGUCGCCAGUUCCCCCACGGCUUCGGUCGCCAGCCAACAGUUUGUUUCACUUUUGAACGAUUUAUUCGGCUGUUUCGACCGCAUAUCGAGGCGUGAGGGCUGCUAUAGGGUGCGGCUAAAUUCAGCAGAAUAUAUGUGCAUCGCUGGGUAUCCGGAAACCCGGGUGGAUCACGCACGGUCCUGUGUAGACUUUGGAUUGAACAUGCUUCAGCUCGUCGAUGAACUGGCAGAGAUGGCGAAUGUACAACUGGAACUGCGAGUGGCUGUUCACACUGGCACAGCUUACGCUGCAGUAAUUGGUCGAACCCGACUCGGUUUCGAGCUAACCGGGGACGAUGUUCUGUACACCAGCUGUCUCAGACAAUCCGCCAUCAGGCCUGGUCGCGUUCUGACCUCAAGGUCGACUUUUAACCAACUUCCGGAAGGUUUUCGGGGAGAAGCUGGACCUAUCAUAGGUCUCCCACACCCAUUAGUAAGCGUCAAUCCAAGCUCAGAGCCCUCUUCCGCAACAGUGAAGACGAUGGAGACCUACUUUGUGCAACCUCGUCAAGUGACCAACAAACCAACGGGUUGUAAGACAAACGACACAGACAGUACAACGCCAGUCACCAAGGUCACAAACCCGGAAUGGCCGAAGCUUGGCGAAAUAUCCUUGGAAAACUUAGGUCUACUGAAUCGUUUGACAACCGCUGCAAGCAUUGUAUGUCGUCGUCCGACAAGUGAAAGUUCCCCGGUUCACUCAACCGGUUCUGUGGAGAUUCCUUUUGAUUCCUUUUUCUCUGCCACCGGUUCUGCAAUGACUGCUAGAGAAGAAGCCGAAGAAUCCAAGGAAGCUCAGCUCGGUCUCCUUCGUGCUUUGUCGAACAGUGAGUUUGAUGAGACGACGUCGUCGAGACCGGUGACUCGUGCCACGCGGCCAAGUGAAGAUGCAGCAUCUGCCCGAGAUCCGUCGACUUCAGAAUUACUUGCCAUGGCUGCUGUCACCUUGGCGCAAUCAUUCGAACGUGGGGCCGACACCCUUGACUGUUCCGACAAACUGGUGCCGUGUCAAAGUCGGGCUGGACGUCUUCGGGGGAACUCAGUUGAUGGACCAGAUUCGACAGAUGGCGCUUGUGAACUAGGUCCGGAAAACUCUAUGGGUGUCAGUCAGGCCACGACGACCACAUUGGCAGCGAAUAACGGCCAAGUUGCUAGCGAAAUCGCGACAAGUUUGCCCGAAGCAGAAACGUCUUGGAAACCGUUAGUUCAACAAUUGCCCUGGUUGUGCACAUCUCCCUCCGGUGUCCGGGCCCCACACUGGCUCACCAUGACAACCAAGUUGACACCGUGUUGUGGGGUCACCUGUACUGGCCAUUGCAAAGAUGCCAUACUUUAUACACACUUCUCCGAGAUGGAGUCGAAGAAGCGUGGAUGGCGAAGUUCCUGUUGCUGCAGCUCGCAUGAAUCCACGGUUGGAACAAAAGAGGACGAUAGUGCCUCCACUCAGGCCGAAGCUUCGCAGUGGCCUGGCAACUUGAUCCAUGUCUUGACCAUGGCUACCGGCAUUCUUCUACCCUAUGGAUUACUGGUGGCCGUAAUCAAUCUUCUUACGAUUUCAGGGUUUUUCGUGUUCAUGACUGCCUACUUGGUGGCGUUCGUCUAUUUGGGUCUCCUACUACUCACGUGGAAACUGCUCAGGCGAUUUUCUCCGUUAGGUCCUGUUGUUCACGCCAUCCCAGCCCGUGCUCUAAUCACUGGCUCCAUAUUGGUCGUUGUAGCUGCAGAGCUGAUCACUUUGUCUUUAUGUCAGCCGGCAUAUUCAACCAAAGUUCUGCUAAAUGCUUCGUUGGACUCCCGCGUCACACCCACAGCACCCGUUUUGCUCUUGCGUCCGCGAAAUCCAUCUACCAUGUCCAACUCAACAACUAAUCAGCUGUGCAUGGUUCCUGUUCAGUUUGCUCUUCUGAGCAGUAUUUCGUGUCUGCUCCCAGCCAUUGUCUAUGCCACGGUUAUCUACGCAUCCAGUGUGCCUGGAUCUGGCUCCGGUUUGCAGAAUGCUCACCAAACAUCCCCAAGUGCCUGUACGGUUUAUACACCGCAGCUCACGCGAUUUUGGUGCACGUUCCUUAUUCUAUCAGCCCACGGGGCCGUUUACUUUUGGGCAGUGUUUCACAAUGACAUGUUUCGCCAGUUGCAGCCUUCAAGUGCCAACUUUCCCGGGAAGAAAUUGCUCCACUCCACAGUAAUACAACACUGGUAUGGUCUGUUUGCCUUCUCUUUGUUGGCUUUCGUGCUACCGCGCAACCUGGAAUAUCAAACACGUCUGUUGCGACAGUGGAUCACUAAGGGCAAUGAGGCUGUCCAGUCACUUAGUGCAACGCGACUUGCACUGGCUCGGCUUCUCAUCUCAGCCGUUCCACGAUUUGUUGUUGCGGUCCUCUGUAGUCCAUCCAGAGCUUGCGAAUUGUAUUCCAAGCCGUAUCACCUCGUGGGACUGGUGCUUAUCCAGCUGUCAGUCAGUCCUGAUCCUCGAGCUAAAAGCUGCAGUAUGAAACGGAUGACUGGAACACCGAAUGAUCUAACCGACAAGUCAGCAGUCACUGAGGAAGAUGGAGAGGAACCCGCCCAAAUUGCAGAUCGAUUGCGGCUGUUAAACCACAUGAUCAGCUUGAUCGAUGGCCUGGCAACCACCGGAGGAGGCGUUACAAAACGUUCUAAGAGUAGCAGAGAUGGAGGAGGUUCUCUGAUUGGAAGGAUGAGUGAUAGUCAACUGAUUGAUUCAGCUCCCAGCUUAGUCAAAGUUCACGUCGGUGGAGCUACCAUAGGCUAUGCUGUCGGACUAUUGCCGUCCGAUACGAUACAUGACUCCGACUCACGAACAGAACAUUUGACGCAUUUGCUUACUUUCACCGAGAGGAUACUGGAGGCAUGUGAAGAAGUGAACAGCAAAGCUAGAUCUACCAACAGUUUUAUCCACCUCCGUGUAGCGCUUCACGCUGGACCUGCACUUGUGGGUUUGAUUGGAAAACAACGCCCAGUAUUCAACCUAUGGGGUGAUCCAGUCAAUGUUUGUCUUCAUCUACUUCACGAAUCCCAUGUACCCGCUUUGAAUAGACAGCAUUUAUUGCUGGCCACUGACGAUGUGAUCAACGCGAUCCCCUGUGCUCGACUCAAUAUCAUUCUCAAAUCUGGUCAACCAUUAGUCUGGCGUUGCGUCGACACACAAACCGGACGCAUUCUAUUAUCGGCUCAGGUGCCAGCUUCCGCAGCCCCUGGAGGACCCAACCGAUCUCGACCUUGUUUGCCACUACACUUCUGUUCAAUUUUGGCAACUAUUCCCGAACCGGAUGUGGACUAUGCUAACCGGGCGGCAUUCGCCAUGCUUAAUCUCGCCAAGCGCGCGUCGUUCAAAACACCACAGCCGAACACGGGAGCCGUGGGACAGAGAAGUCAGAAAAUGCCGACAACCGCUCCAACGGAACAACCCAGCAAUGUUCAACAACCACUGAGACAAUCAGCUGUUGUCUCACAAAUCCAGCAACCGCUUGUGCCGGACUUAUCACCACGACCCGUAUCUGUAGUUCACGGUAUACCUUCGAAAACCGUUAGUGUCUCCCCAAAUGCACAGCCGUAUAGUCGGGGUCAUUCAGUGCAGCCCCCUCUGGUGAACCAGUCUCAAUUAGUCGUUCCACCACCGCCACCACCACAUAAGCGUCUCUAUGCUCAACCAAAACAGUCUUAUGCUCCCGGUGGCCCAGCUAUCAUUCAGCCUGCAAACCCCGAUGUAAUUCAAUCCCCACGUGUUGCAAUAGCCGGGCCGCAUGCUUCGCACAGCAUUACCGAAAAGCUCUGUGAUAGUUCAGUCACCAAUCAUACAUAUGUUCGUGCCUCACCGGAGCGUAAAUACAGCGAACCACCCGCAACCAUCACACGUCAAGCGCUCCGUCGUGGUGUGGUGUCACAAUGUGCGGCGGCCCACACGCAUGACUACUCCAUUGUGAAUUUCGAGCCACCUGAACCACAUCCUGCUCGUGUCACCUCUCAGCUGCUUGAGCCGCGGCCGUCCACUCAGCCUCCUAUGCCGCAUAUGAUGGGUCGCAGAGGUGAAUACUGGCCCAACAUACCGAACAAAUCUUCCGAGAAUGGCGUGCCACUUGAUUUGAGACUGAAACAAUGUCGUAUAGGACCUGAGUCAACAGAGAAAACGAAACCCCCGAUUCCUACGCCUCUCAAACAGGCUGAGCGGCCCUCUGCCAACCAUCUUCGUCCGGUUUCCUUGUCUUCAACAGACUCAUUUUUGGCAGCCGAACGAGCUUGCGCCGUGGGUUGUGAUGAAGUGGUCAACACUGAUCGUGUCGCUGACUCCUCAAAGUUCGUGACUCCAAAUGGACGAUCACGUGAGGAGGAGCAAUCCGGGUCAGGCACAGAAUUCGUCAGCCAUCAUAAUCCGCUCUAUACGGAUAACGAGUACGAUUCAAUGACCGAGAGUCAAGGGAACUUGUUGAAUCCUGGGAAACGCAAGCGCACACGACGUACUUCACAGGCAACUCGGAGUAGCUCCACCCAUUCCAAGAAUGGUAAGCUAUCGUCUGAAAAGGUUUCCUUGUUAUCAGCUCACGACCGAAAUGGGACGGCACAUUCCUCGCACGGUUCUUCUUUCGAGAAGAAAACCGAACUGGGACACACCAAUGGUGCCAUUGAUAUGCCUGCAACUCCGAAGUUCCGCCUCCCGUGCACAAAGGAAGGUUUGGUUGUCAGUGAUAGAAUGUUGGAUUUCCCAGACAUCCAACGUCCUCCAAGUCCCGGUAGUUACCCACAAUGCAAGAUGGGAUUGAAUAAAACCAAUCUGGUCCCUACACCAGUGAGCUACGGCUCAGGAAACUACGUAGCAGGGAAUCAACCUUACCACACCGGUCCGUCUUCCUCCUCAACAUCUUCAGCCGCUAGAAGUGCUCCAGGAAACACCGGAUACGGAGGAGACUUCCGUGAACAGAGUCCCAAGGACACCGGAUCUCCGCCGGCUUCAGAUGUGGACGCAAUAGAUGGCGAGUAUGCUGGCACUUAUUCCUUGGGACCACUGAGUAUGGCUGUCCAGCCCUCAAUUGCAGAUGACGGUAUCACCAGCUGUGAUGGAGAUUUUGGUGACUACGAGGAUGAAGGAGAUUCUCAUGGAGAGAUUGAGGAUGAGGACCAGAGCGCCGUGCCGGAAUCAAUGUCUUCCAGCUUCACUCGUCCCUUAAUCUAUCCUGGCUGGUCCCAACAGCGACCACUGACAACAAAUCAAUUCAAUUUGGAUCUCCCUAUGGGUACUACUCAUCUUCCCCAAAGCUGUAUGACAGAUAGUUUGCUAGCCAAUCCGGAUCUGGAUGCGCGCGAGUCCGAACUGGCAGAUGAGUUGGAACCAAGCCGUUUGAAUAGCCCAGAUGAACCCAUCGACCCGCGUCAGGCUCCAUCUCUACUAGAAGCCGCCUUUGUCCCGCUGUCUCUUCCGCAUGAGUGUAUUUGUGAGUCAGAUGGAGACGAGAUGUUUGCCUAUCAUAACCGUCCGGGAGUGUUUCACAUCAAUCCCUACUCUGUUCAGGGUCAUUCGCGACUAGUUCCAUCCGAAUUGCUACAACAGCAGCAGCAGACCAAAAACUCUGUAGACCCUGCUAAGAAUGGGCGCGUUGCUGGUGGUUACUUCCCUCCAGGGCCCCAGUUUAUUAGCGAGCAUUCGAUACAGUUACAGUGUUCGCCAAGACCAGGCAAACCCUCGCUUCCGGAAAUCGCCCCAGUGAGUCUCCCGAAUUUUACGCGGCAAAUAACUUCACCUGCGACUGAUGAAAUCGGCCAGUCAGAUUACGAUAAUUUGAGUCAUCCGAACGCGUCACUGCCGAAUAAUCACUCGUCUUCCAAUGGCCGGUCAUCUCAAAAACCGUUAGACAAGUACCACUGGCAACGUCCGCCGCCUGAUGAUGGAACUGCUACUAUGAGCUGCUACGCAACUUCCUCGGUUUACGAUACCGGUGAUGAUGCUGAUGUGGAUGACGACUAUAAACAGGGAGGGAUCUUCAAAUCAGUUCUAUCACCUUGUAGCUUAUCCAGUCAACCAAAGAUGAACGUCAUAGUUCCAACGGUCAUUCCAGGUGCUGCAGGUUCGCCUCAGAUGUCUAUGUCAGGUGUUAAUCAUCAUACCAAUGGACAGGUGCAGUCGCCGAAUACGUGUAGGCUACUUCCUGUAAUCGAUGGGAUAAAACCUGCUCAACCAACCGACAAGACCGCGAUCUUUAACUCCGAUCAAUUACAACCAACCAAAGGUCUGAACCGAACACCAAGUACAGCUGCAAGUCAGGCGAGUAGCGUGGAUCAACAACGCUCCGAGUAUGACAACGUGGACCGAUCUAGCGUUUCUGGCCCUCAUUCAGAAACGUCAAACUCUCCGGUACUGCAGAAUGGAACACCGUCCUUGCACAACAAUCGUCCGUCCCGUGUUGGGUCUACAGAAAGACAUCUUCGGGGUGGGGUCAGAGCAAUGUUUGACGCAGAAAUCGCUGCGGAAGCUCAGCGGAUCAGUCGCCAGUUCCGGGCAAUGGGAUGGAUCCCAGCUUCAGAUUACGUCCAGUCAUUUGAGGAUGCUAACGGUGUGGUACCAGGUGGACUGCUGACUGAGAAUUCCCACUUUCCAGAGAUAAAACACUCGCAGCCUCGACCCAAAUCCCCACUACAUGAUCCUCCACGCCCGCAUCUGUUUCUGCUACCUCUGGACCCACAGCGCAGUACCCCAUGUUCGCGUCAGGCCUCUUUCCGCAAUCGUCACCGUCGUGGCCUAGCCAGCGCAGCAGACAGUGAGACAGUCACAUCCGUCACUUCACAGUUGGAUGAUGAUGACUUCGACGAGGAUUAUGGCGCUCGAACGGAUGCUAGUGAUUUUGAGGAGAUCGUCAAUGAAACGGUUCAAUACGCAGAGGAUUGUUCCAAACUUAACUCCGGUGCAUGGGUUUCGGAUUCUUAUCCGGAUCGAGAGUUGGGCUGUCUAAUGGUCCGACCACGUUCUCUGAGUGCCACUUGUUUGAACGACUCUACUCCUGUAGGCGAUGCUCUUGCUGGCCUCCUGCUCACAUCUGACCUGUCGGAAGUGAGCUCGGACGAAAAGGAUGGCACGAUGAGCGAUCCGGAAGCCGAUGGUUUACAUCAAAAGAGUUAUUUGGACGAUCAUCACAACGCCCAACGAUCCGCCGCGCCGUCUGCACGUCUCUGUGAUCGCCAGCGUAAGGCCGUUCGCCGAGUAAAGUCUAGUCGCACUUCACAACGACCGAGCGAUGUCAACGAAGACAAUGCCGGUUUCGCCCGCCUCAAACGCCGUGCUGCCCGAGUCCGCAGCCUGCUACCCCCGGAUCUACAACCCUUCGUUCUUCCUGGAUGUAUGAGCUCUUUGAGUCGGUCAUCCUCAGUGGCUAGCUCCAUCGGUCUACAUCAUCUCAAGACUGGAUUAGUGUUUCUUUCCCUCUCACGCCGUCAGCCCUCCGGAAAAAGCAUUUCUACAAGACACCGAAGGCGUAGGUGUCGCCUGCCUCGCUGUUCCAGCGAUCCGGAACUUCGAAUAAAGGCUAUAAAAGGAUGUAGUUAAUACUACUAAAUCGUAUCGUUUGUGGCACAUCAUUCUCCACCCGGUUAAUUCAAAACCCGCUCGAUCAGUUUGCUGUAUCCGCCUUCAUUGGAGCAGGUGACAAUACCUGAUAUAAAUUCUCAAGUAUUCUCCUGACGAAAUUGUCCCAUUAUUUGGCUGUUUAUGUUGAGCGCCUCCAUAUCCUUGCAUUUAGGCUUGCAUGUCAACUGUUUUUGGCGCCUGCAAAAGGCCCGUCGUCUUCAUGCUACUUAUGCUUUAUUUCAGUAAGCAAAUCCCACAGGACAUUUCACCGGCGUUUUUAUGCCUCAGACAAAACUUUGCAUGCUUAGCCCGAUUUUAUCCGUCCUCCGUUCGACCUUACAGAAAAUCAUGAUAUUAGGGGUUACAGUAUUUCUUUUCCUAUCAUAGUGUAUUUCCGUUCAAAUUAUUGUACUCUCCAGUAUGACCUUGCAACGCCUGGCCUUGUUUCUCCUCCACACGCACACACGAUUGGUUUUCCCAUGAAGUGUUUUAACACGGCCUUUUUACCGUACAAGGUGCAAUUUGAAUCCACUCUCUUUUUCAUUCUUUUAUCUGUUUUAUACGAAAUUAAAU